AUGCUAAUGUUUGACCCAGUCCCUAUCAAGCAAGAAGCCAUGGAGCCUGUUUCAGUGUCAUACCCGUCCAAUUACAUGGACCAAAUGAAGCCAAAUAAAUACAGCGUCAUUUAUUCUACACCGAGUAUGUUGCACAAUAAAUUCUACUCAAACCCCGAAGGACUAUCAAAUGGAAUCCAGAUGGAGCCAGUAGACCUUACGGUGAACAAACGGAGCUCACCACCUUCAACUGGAAGUUCUCCUUCCCCCUUAAAAUUUCAGACUGUGCAUAGGAGAACUUCACCUGGAUUGACUCUGUCCUCACCCAGCUCACCUCUCAGUAAAUUCACACCAUCACCCCCAGGAGUACAGCCUAUCUCCAUGCCGAUAACAAUCCCACCUGUAAUGGCCGCUGCUCUUUCACGCCACGGACUGAGAAGCCCUGGAAUACUCCCAGUUAUACAGCCUGUUGUGGUCCAGCCGGUUCCUUUUAUGUAUGCUCCCCAUCUUCAGCAGCCCAUCAUGGUGUCCACAGUUCUUGCAGAUGAAAUGGAAACUCCAAGUAGCAUGCAAGUGCCUGUCAUUGAGUCUUAUGAGAAGCCUACACUGAAGAAAACAAUCAAAGUAGAGCCAGGAAGUGAACCAUCGAAGACUGACUUCUAUCCUGAACAAAUGUCACCUCCAGUGAUGACCUCAUUGUCUCCCCAGCAAGUAAUGUUGCAAGAGAAUCACCCUUCAGUUAUAGUGCAGCCAGGAAAGAGACCUUUACCUGUGGAAUCUCCAGACACACAAAGAAAGCGCAGAAUACAUCGAUGUGAUUAUGAAGGCUGCAACAAAGUCUACACUAAAAGCUCGCAUCUGAAAGCUCACAGAAGAACCCAUACAGGUGAAAAACCGUACAAAUGCACUUGGGAGGGAUGCACGUGGAAAUUUGCUCGUUCUGAUGAACUAACGCGGCAUUUCCGCAAGCAUACAGGAAUCAAACCUUUUCAGUGCCCAGACUGUGACCGUAGCUUUUCACGUUCGGACCAUCUUGCUCUUCACAGAAAACGCCACAUGCUAGUCUGAAUGUCUUCUGUCCCUGACUCCUGUCACACUUUUUUUUUUUUUUUCCACACAUG